AUGAGCAAGAACGUGGUUGUCACCGUUACCCGCCUCGGUUACACUCGUUCGGCGGACGUCAAGCUCGACCUGACCGAUGCCAAGGCUGUAGAUGACUUCUUUGCCAAUAACAAGGUCGACGUUGUCGUGCACUGUGCCGCCGAGCGCCGCCCGGAUGUCGCUGAGGCUAACCCCGAGGCCGCUGAGCGGAUUAACGUCGAUGCCUCGAAGCACCUCUCCGAGCUUUCCCUCAAGUAUGGCUUCACUCUGAUCUACAUCUCAACCGACUAUGUGUUCAACGGCAGGAACCCUCCCUAUGAGGUUGAUGCGAAGCCCGACCCGCUCAACCAGUACGGCCGCCAGAAACUGCAGGGCGAGCAAGUCACGCUCGAGACUAGGGACAAGGGCGCCAAGGUCGUCGUUCUCCGCGUCCCCGUGCUCUACGGUGUUGCCGAGACGAACAGCGAGUCGGCCGUGAACAUUCUCGUCGAUGUCGUCCAGGACCAGAGCGGCAAGAAGUACACGAUGGAUGACUACCAGAUCCGUAACCCGACGAACGUCAGGGAUGUCGCCCGCGUCUGUUACGAGCUGAGCCACCUUCCUUCAAACAAGCUGCCCCCCAUUGCGCACAUUCGCUCGACGGGCCCGCCCAUGACGAAGUGGAACAUGGUCCAGGCCAUGGCCAAGUCGCUCAACCUCCCACUCGACCACGUCACGCCUGUUUCCACUAAGCCCACGUCUGGCACCGAGCGGCCAUGGAACACGGAGCUCAGCGUCAAGGUGCUCGAGGAUCUCGGUAUCGACACAAAGGAGGAGACACCGUUCGCGCAGUGGUGGAAUCAGUACCUGGGUGGAAAGUGA